AUGUGUGCAAUAAUUUCAGAUUUGGGACCACCAAAAUGGCACCUCGCUCGACGUCAUUUCGUCGCCGCCUUGGCUUUACUGGGAUUUGCCAACAUUUAUGCAAUGCGCGCGAAUUUGAGUGUUGCCAUCGUUGAAAUGACUUCUGGCACGAAUAAGGAUGUGAAUGGAACAAGUAUACAUGUCGAUGGCGAGUUUCGAGAAUGGUCAACUGUGACACAAGGUGUAGUGUUGGGCUCAUUUUUCUAUGGAUAUAUUCUUACACAGAUACCGGGUGGCUUUCUUGCACAUCAUUAUGGAGGGAAGAAUGUGUUUCUUAUAGGAGUUUUCGGAACUGCCGUUUUUACACUGCUUACUCCACCUCUGGCAAAGAUUGGUUAUGGUGUUCUUGUUUUAGCUCGAUUUGCUGAAGGAGUGUUUGAGGGUGUCACCUAUCCCGCUAUGCAUGUAAUGUGGAGCCAUUGGGCCCCAAUUCUGGAAAAAACAAAAUUGGCAACGUUCGCAUUUUCCGGCUCUUACUUUGGCACUGUAAUAUCGAUACCGUUAUCCGCUAUUAUCGGACAAACUCUUGGCUGGCCGUUCAUCUUCUACUUUUUUGGGCUUCUCGGACUUCUUUGGUGCUUGAUUUGGGCCAGACGUGUCAGCGAUUUUCCAGCUACAGAUCCUCAUAUCAGUACCGAUGAACUCACACUACUUCAACGUGAUGCAGUUGGCCACACACAUUACGUAAGUUUUUCCCAGUAUUCAUUGACGUCACCGCAUGUGUUCCUUGGAAAUCCCUUCGAACUGCGCCCUAUCCUUGCACACUGCACUAGAUGUGAAAUCUUGCAGAUUGUCCCAUGGGUUGAGAUGAUCACGAGCAAGGCGGUAUGGGCAGUGAUGGUAGCACAUUUUUGUGAAAACUGGGGUUUCUACACGAUGCUUACGCAUCUGCCCCGAAUGCUCAAGGAUCUUGCCAACUACGAACUUCAAAAGGCUGGUUUUGUCGCUGGAUUACCGUAUCUAGUGAUGGGCUGUACGCUUGUUUGGGGAGGGCAAUUGGCUGACUACCUCCGUAAAGAACGUAACAUCGAUACAUUAACAGUACGACGACGAUUCUGUGUAGCAGGAUUUGCUGGUCAAGCUCUGUUCCUUGCGCUCGCAUCUGUAACGUCAUCACCACCUUUUCUAGUUGCUUACCUUACAAUCUCCAUAGGUUUAGGAGGAAUCUGCUGGGCUGGGUUUUCAGUGAACCACCUGGAUCUUGCUCCACAGUUUGCUGGACAUCUAAUGGGAAUGUCGAACACUUUGGCAACAUUGCCCGGAAUGAUAUGCCCACUACUAGUUGGAUACAUCGUUACUUCUGGAACUGUUGCCGAAUGGAACAUCAUUUUUUACAUGACAGUAAUUAUAUACGCCAUGGGUGGAGCGAUCUUCUGGAAAUUCGCAUCAGGAGAAUUGCAACCCUGGGCUGGCGAACAGACACCGUUCAUUGGCGAACUACACUGA